AUCCAAGUGAGAGCGGAGGACAAUGGACAGCCGACCUCUCUGACAAAGUCUCUGACCAUGAAAGUGGUGCUGUUGGACAUCGACGACAACGAGCCCAGCUUCGCGGGACUGGGGCGGCCCUACGAGAUGAGGGUGAAGGAGGAGGAAGAGGACGCCGAGGUGGGCAUGGUGGUCAGACCAGUUGACCCAGACUCCAACCCCAACAACUCCAGGAUCUGCUUCUACCUCUACGGUGGGGAGAACGUGACAAGAUUUCAAAUAGACAAAAACUCGGGGUCGCUUUCCAUCAUCGGGAAAUUCGACCAAGAGGAGACAAAAUACCUGGACAUUGUGGUCAAGGCCUCCUCUAACUGCGCCCUCAGCUCAGCCUCUUUCCCCAUGAACCAGCCUGUCUCCGCGACUGCUGCUGCUGCUGCUGCUGCUGGUGGUGGUGCUGCUGCUGCUACUGCUGCUGCUGGUGCUGCGAGUGUGGCUGCUGCUACGGGAACGAACAGCGACCAGCCGGCGUCGUACAAUCAGUCAGAUCCGUCACUUCUGUGGGUGAGGGUACAGGUCGUGGACGUGAACGACAACCCGCCGGUAUUUGAGGACAGCUCCUUGAGCGCCGGGCUCAUCUUUGACGCUGAGGUCGGCACUGAGGUCGUUUCUCUGAAGAACAGCGUAACAGACGCGGAUACGCCAGGGAACAGCGUGCACACCUUCAAGCUCCUGUCCAUCACACCACACCUGGAGCAGACAGAGGGGCUGGGGCUCCCCAGAGAGCCCUUCGUGGUCUCUGUGAACGGGACUGUGUUCACCAACACGCCUUUUCGCUCGGACAUGAUGGGCUACUUUGAGCUGAAGGUGCAAGUCUCGGAUAAGGACGGCCUCAAUGAUACCACAGACCUCAGGGUUUAUUUGAUCUCCAACCUCCAGCGUGUGAAGCUCGUCUUUGACAAGUUACCCAACGAGGUGGAAGAGCUCAAGCAUAACUUGCUCAG